AUGAUCGGUAGAUUGGGAGGCCUAUUGUGUGUUUGGGAUCCGACUGUGUUCUCCUUACUCUCGUUGCAUAAAGAUCCCAGCUCUAUGCAGGUCACUGGGUUUAUUAAAGGUUGUUCAGUUCAUGUGAAUGUACUUAAUAUUCAUGCUCGUCAAAAACCUGUUGAAAAAGGGGAUUUAUGGAAUCGGAUUUUAUCUCAAAGAGAUGCCGUGUAUGGGUUAUGGGUUCUAAUCGGGGAUUUUAAUGUGGUUCGUACUGUUAAAGAAAGAAAAAACUCGAAAUUCAAACCUAACUGCGCAAGAGACUUCAAUAGCUUUAUCUAUAAUGCUGAGCUUUGCGAGUAUGAUCUUAAAGGUAGCAAGGUCACUUAUAUCGUGGAUGGUGAGCGUGGUAAGAAAUUCAGUAAGAUAGACAAGAUUGUUGUAUGUAAAGAGUUUCAAAACAAAUUUUUUAGUUCGUGGCUUAAUCGGCAAGAUUUUCAGAAUAUUGUGGUUACUGCUUUAGAGAGUUUUUCUCGUGAUGGGCCUCCCGAUGUUAUUUUGAUUCAGAAACUAAAAUGGAUUAGAGGUGCUUUAAAAUCUUGGAGGGAUGAUAUUCGAACCAAGGAGGGAGAAGAUGAGUUGAAGGCGAGGGAGGAACUGGAGGAGUUGGAACAUGUCAUGGAAGAUGGAGAUUUGUCCGACGAGGAAGAAUGGGUCAGAUUAGAGUGUCAAAAGAAACUGAGAUUUUUGGAAGAUUGUAAAGCUAAAGAUCUUCGACAGAGGGCGAGAAUUAAAUGGGCUAUGGAAGGGGAUGAUAACACGGCUUUCUUUCAUGGGAUGGUUAAUAAUAGAAAAACGUCGAACGCUAUUCAGGGUCUGUUCAUUAACGAUGUUUGGAUCAACAGCCCGAACAAAGUUAAAAAAGCUGUUUUUGAUUAUUUUCGCACGAUAUUUAAAGAAGAUAUGGUGGAACGGCCAGCGGUUUUUGAAGGAGGAGAUUAA